CUGGUUAUCGAAAAAAAGUGAAGCGUAAAAAACUAAACGGUACAUGGAAAAUUUAUUGUGCCUGUGUGCGUGUUUGUGUUUAUGAAAAAUAAGUUUAGGAAUUUGCAUUUGGUGCACCGCCGCGUUGGAAAAGCUUUGGCACUGAUUAACCAACGCCCGGGAGGCGUUCGCUGACAGAAUAUUCGUGUGUUUGCGAGCGGGUGUCUGUCUGUUCUGUGAGAGUGUCUCUCAGUGUGUUUGUGUGUACAUGUGUGUGUGUGUGUGGCCUGCUCCGUUCCGAUCCGUCCUCUGGUGUCUGGCACCUUAACACGACAACAACAAAUACGGCAGCAGCAACAGCAACAACAAUAAUAACAAAAACAACAACACACGCACAAUAAUAAGGCCCGUGACGUUGUCGCUGCCGUCACCGUCAGCAAAAUAAAAAGACCAAAACUAGCAGAAAAACAAACAUCAAAAGUCGCAUUCAUUCUUCUCGCGGCCCAACUCUAGGCAUUGAAAUUGAUUAUCCCAGAGUUACCGGAACAGCCUCAACACGAAUUACUUACCGCUACUCACCUUGCAGCGGCGAUCGACUGUGGUUGCCAGCGCCCUAGAGCCAGGAUCAGCCGCCCGGCUACCGGACUCGCCUUUAAUCAACAACAGCAACACUACCAGCAACAGCAACAGCUACAACAUCAAAGUAAAUAGACUAAGCAGCAGCGGUGAUAACCAAUCCCGGAGCCAGGGAUCCUGGCAAGACGCAACAACAGACUCCGGCAGCAUGAGCAUGGACCACUCCCUGACCGCCCUGCCCACGGUGGUGAAGGAGGGAUGGCUUCUGAAGCGGGGCGAGCACAUAAAGACCUGGCGACAACGCUACUUUACGCUCCACUCGGACGGAGCACUGAUGGGAUACCGCAGUAAACCGAACGACAGCUCCAGCACCCAGUCGGAGCAGCUGAACAACUUUACAGUGCGCGGCUGUCAGAUUAUGUCUGUGGACCGGCCCAAACCCUUCACCUUUAUCAUCCGCGGCCUUCAGUGGACCUCUGUGAUCGAGCGAACGUUCGCAGUGGACUCGGAAUUAGAGCGUCAGCAAUGGACGGAGGCUAUCCGGAAUGUCUCCAGUCGGCUAAUCGAGAUGGGGGAAAUGGCCAUGUCACCGUCAGUCCAGACCGAUAUGGCUGACGUGGAUAUGGCUGGCAUUGCCGAGGUGGAGCUCUCUGAGCAGUUCUCCGUGCAGGGUACCACCUGCAACAGCAGCGGCAUUAAGAAAGUGACACUGGAAAACUUUGAGUUCCUCAAGGUGCUCGGCAAGGGAACCUUCGGUAAGGUUAUCCUGUGUCGCGAGAAGGCCACUGCCAAGCUGUACGCGAUCAAAAUUCUCAAAAAGGAGGUCAUCAUCCAGAAGGACGAGGUGGCGCACACCCUGACCGAAAGUCGUGUACUCAAAUCCACAAACCAUCCGUUCCUCAUUUCACUUAAAUAUUCGUUUCAAACCAACGACCGCCUGUGCUUCGUAAUGCAGUAUGUCAACGGUGGAGAACUGUUCUGGCAUCUUAGCCACGAGAGGAUCUUCACCGAGGAUCGCACCCGCUUCUAUGGGGCUGAAAUUAUAUCGGCAUUGGGCUAUCUGCAUUCACAGGGCAUCAUAUAUCGCGACUUGAAGCUGGAGAAUCUUUUGCUGGACAAAGAUGGCCACAUCAAGGUCGCCGACUUCGGUCUGUGUAAAGAGGACAUCACCUACGGCCGGACAACGAAAACCUUCUGCGGCACUCCCGAAUACCUAGCGCCGGAAGUAUUAGACGAUAAUGACUAUGGCCAGGCAGUCGACUGGUGGGGAACUGGUGUGGUCAUGUAUGAGAUGAUUUGCGGACGUCUUCCGUUUUACAAUCGUGAUCAUGAUGUGCUUUUUACGCUAAUUCUAGUGGAGGAGGUGAAAUUCCCCCGAAAUAUAACAGAUGAGGCGAGAAACCUGCUCGCCGGCCUGCUAGCCAAGGAUCCAAAGAAGCGUUUGGGCGGUGGCAAGGAUGAUGUCAAGGAGAUACAAGCCCAUCCCUUCUUUGCGAGUAUUAAUUGGACAGAUCUGGUGCAGAAGAAGAUUGAACCGCCUUUCAAGCCUCAAGUGACAUCCGAUACGGAUACGCGGUACUUCGACAAAGAGUUUACGGGCGAGAGUGUGGAACUGACGCCGCCGGAUCCUACAGGGCCGCUGGGUUCCAUAGCAGAAGAGCCGCUUUUUCCGCAGUUCAGCUAUCAAGGAGACAUGGCCUCCACGUUGGGCACAGCGUCGCACAUUAGUACUUCCACAAGUCUCGCAUCGAUGCAAUAGAACAAGUUUACAAACUUUUACAAGCACACACAUCAUGUUCUGCUUCAUCACCUAUAACUAUACUAUACCUAUAACAUAUAGAAAUGGGCAAAAGAAAACAAAAAGCAAGAAAAUAUUAAAUAAUAAUUAUAUGAUGAUAACGAUGGCAAGCGAAGGGUUUUCUUGCUAAGUUAUAUAUACACACACACACACCAAUAUAAGAGAAUUCAUUUGAUAGUAACUUAUUUUUUCAUGACGUUGAGAAGAAGCUGGGUUACGUUGAACGAAAAAGGGGCAUUUGAAGCCGAAUUCGAAGUCGAAGCCGAGGAAAAUAAUUUACUACAUAUGAUUAUACACAUAUAUAUAUAUAUACACAUAAUUGUAUGUACAUUUAAAUACAACACUUGGGGCAUUGAGCUUGAAGUGAUUAGUUAAUUUUAAACGCAAGUAAACUCUUUAUUCAGGCGACUGGGAGGCGACUAAUGAGUUUGAUGCUUUCGUUGGUGAAACAGAAACUGGCAUCUUGGUAUCGCAUCGUCGCUGGUCGCCUAAUCAGAUCGAUCAUCCCACGAACACGCAGAUAGCACUCACCCCCAGAUACUUAGCAUAUAGCGAGAAUGAAGUUAAGUUAGCUGAACAGCAACAAAUCGAAAUACACACACUCAACAACACUCAACAACUCCCCUCCCAACACACUCGUAUAUAGACAUUAUUUAUACUCCAAAGAAGCAAAAAGAAACGGAAAUAUUUACGAGUUAUACAUAAUGUUAAAAUUGCCUCUAAUGUGCUGUGCUUUAUGCAAAACCACAACAACCGAAACAAACUAAUAGUUAAUAAAAUAAGCUUCCGAAAAUCACAAAGGUUCAGAUAAAAUAGGCGCCAAUAAUAUAAAAAUUCUGAAUUCUGAAUUAUGACUUUUUAAGUAGAAAAACGGCAGGAGAAUAUUUUUCAAAAACAAUAACAGUACACAAAAAAAAAAGAAAAAAAUAAUUAAAAUUGACGCCAUUUUUAUUAUAAUUUUAUACGAAAAAUAUAUUUGUACAUAUUUAUAUAAAAUGCGAAAAAAAGAAAAACUUUUUAAAAAUUCAAAAAAAAAAAAAUAAAAAUAAAAAUAAAUAAAAAAUGAAAAGCGUCAGGUGGUGGAUAGGCCACGAAAAAGGUGUAACCUUUGAGACAAGAAAAAAAUUUUAACUUUGUCAUUUAAUUUUUGGCAUUGAGAGUUCAUAACGAGUUUUGUAUACUUAGAGCAAGUCAGGCAAAUAUAUAUUUAAAGAUAUAUAUAUAAAACAACCACAACAGACUUACACAUAGUUCCACAAGGAAUAUUUAAAAGAAAAUUAUAUAAACCGAGAAACCUAAAAAGAAUAAAGAAUUUUUUGAUAUU